ACCGCCGCCAUGAACGGUCGCGGAAUAUUCACCCUAGUCACACUUUGCCUAGUAGGCUAUGCCACGGGCGCCAGAAUCCUCGGGAUACUUCCAAUGGGCGCCAAGUCCCACAACAUAAUCGGAGCAGCCUACAUGAAGGCACUGGCAGCAGCCGGUCACGAAGUGACCGUCGUAAGUCCGUACACUUUGAAAACCCCACCGAAAAACUAUCGAGACAUUGAGCUAACCGGAAUGCUGGAAGCGAUGGAUGACCAGGAGAAGAACCUGUUCAACUAUAAGGGAUCCGGCAUUGGAUCAUUCUUCAUCAUGAUGUACGUACUGUACGGAAAGCUUCCGGAAGUGGUCGGCAAGCUCGUGCUUCAGCAUCCAAACGUAGUUAAGCUGCUAAAUUCCAACGAAAAGUUCGACCUAGUUAUAGUGGAGUCAUUCCUCACGGAAUCGCUGUACGGAUUUGCGCAGCAUUUUGACGCCCCACUGGUAACGUACUCCACGUUUGGGAACUCCAUGUGGACCAACGACCUGGUGGGAACGCCGGCCCCGCCGUCACACGUCGCGCACUUCCUGCUGAGUUAUGCCGAUCGGAUGGCGUUCUGGGAGCGAUUGGUCAACACGGUGGUAACUAUUUUGGACCGGGUAGUGUUCGAGUGGUAUUACCUGCCAAAGCAAAGGGAGUUUUACGAAGUGGGCUUUCCAAACGCUAAGAUCUCGUUUGAAGAUCAGAUGAAGAACGUUUCGCUAGUGUUUUUGAAUCAGCACUUUAGCGUUAGCAGUCCUAGGCCGUACGCGCCGAACAUGGUCGAGGUCGGUGGGAUUCAGGUGGAGAAGCCGAAGGCGUUACCAAAGGACCUUCAAAAAUACCUCGACGGAGCCGAGCACGGUGUGAUCUACUUCUGCAUGGGAUCCAAUCUCAAGUCAAAGUUCUUCCCAGAAGAGAAACGGAACGCAUUCCUCAAAGUAUUCUCCACGUUGAAGGAGCGUGUGCUGUGGAAGUUUGAGGAUGAAACGCUUCCCAAUCAACCGAGUAAUGUCAAGAUUCAGGCGUGGAUGCCUCAAAAUGACAUCUUGGCGCAUCCUAAGGUCAAACUGUUCAUUACGCAUGGUGGACUGCUUGGAACUUCGGAGUCCUUGACGCAUGGAAAGCCCAUGAUUGGAAUCCCGAUCUUCGGCGAUCAAAUGAUGAACGUUGAGAAGGGAGUACGAGCUGGAUACUCCUAUCUACUGGACUACGAUGAUAUUACAGAGGAGAGUGUUUCGAAAGCGAUCAACACAGUUUUGGAAACUCCUUCGUAUACGAGGACCGCACAGCUGAUAUCCCAGAGAUUCCGUGAUAGACCGAUGACGGCUCAACAGACAGCUGUAUACUGGGUGGAAUACGUAAUCCGACAUGGAGGAGCUCCACAUCUGAGGUCUCCAGCGUUGGAUCUGUCAUUGCUUCAGUAUCAUUUGCUAGAUGUUUACGGAAUUUUAAUAAUAUUUGUCAUAACAUCAAUAUGGCUGCUUAUGUAUACAGUGAGGAUACUCUUAACGAAGAUAAUUAAACCUAACAAAUCAAAAGGUUCAAAAAAGAAACGUCCUUAAAGCAUUUCGUUAAAAAAUAAAGAUGUCCAAUCAAGCAAA